AUGUCCUCCAACGAGAACCCCCCCAUGCCCACUGCCACCUCCGACCCCAAUGCCCCCUCCAAAACCUAUCAUGCAUCCUGCCACUGCGGCAACAUCCAAUUCUCCGCCAAGGUGUCUCCACCGCUCGAAGAUGGAGCGCACGAGGUGGCGAGCUGCAACUGCUCCAUCUGCGUCAGCAAGGGGUACCUGCUCAUCUACCUGACCCACGACGCCGUCACUUUUGAGAGCGGCGAGAGCGAACUGAAGGACUACAGCUUCAACGAGAAGAGGGUGAAGCAUUUCUUCUGCCCGAAUUGCGGCACCGCUCUGUUCAUAUCGUCCGUCACGCCGGGGUUUUUCGAGGGCAUGAAGGCUGUGAAUGUCCGCGCCUUCAAGGACAUCGACAUCGAUUCUCUGAAGAUUAAGAAGAUGGACGGAAAGCGCAUUUGA